AUGCAGUGGCAAAUUGGGAGAGGGGAUAUCAGUUUCUGGAAAGACAACUGGACUGGGAGAGGGCCCCUCGUCACCAGAGUGCUGCACCCCAUUCCAACUGGGCUGAAGGAUAUCCAAGUCAGGGACUACCUGGGGCGGGCAGGGCCUCUCCCUCCAUCAGCGGCCUUCAACUGCCUCCCUCAGGGUGAGAUUGACGCCAUAUUCCAAGGGGGAUUCUGCACGUUCGACGGCCCAAACGUCCCCUACUGGCCACUUGAUCCGUCAGGUGAUUUCUCGAUCAACUCUGCCUGGGUUUCAUGCAGAUCUCCUAGUCCGAUCGUGAGCUGGAGCUCCAAGCUGUGGUUCCCUCAGCUCCCGCCUAAGGUCUCCAUGCUGGUUUGGAGGACUCUCAAGGUUGUGGUCCCAGUGGAGUUAGUGGUUUAG